AUGCGUGUCCACCACUUGAGUGAAGAUUCAAGAGCGGAAGCUGCAGUCAGUGCAGAGUCGCUCGGUCCAGUGGCCACCGCACUCGACGGAGAGCCUUUGGCUUUUCUCGUGUUGCCAACAGACAAGGGACACCCCCGACCCAAGCCCAUGUUUGGCUGGGGGCGCGGGGGGCAACAGUCCACCCCUAGCAAGAUGCCCGGGACACCCAACCGGCCACCAGGCAAGCAGGCCAAGCAGCCUCCGGCGUCGCAAACCCCUGCUGUCGCACAGCCUCUGCGCCUGCUGUACUGUGACGACAGCGGGAAGUUCGUGGUGGAGCCUGCUGCCAUCAGAGCGCUGCAAGCGGUGAAGGGCCCGGUGGGAGUGGUGGCGGUCUGUGGGCGGGCGAGGCAGGGGAAAUCAUUCAUCCUCAAUCAGUUGCUGGGCCGCACGUCGGGCUUUGCCGUUGCUCCUACGCACCGGCCAUGCACCAAGGGCCUGUGGAUGUGGAGCCAGCCGGUGGCACGCACUGCGGCGGACGGGAGCACGUACCACCUUGUUCUGCUGGACAGCGAGGGCAUUGAUGCAUAUGACCAGACGGGGACAUACAGCGUGCAGAUCUUCAGCCUGGCGGUGCUGCUCUCAUCAAUGUUCGUCUACAACCAGAUGGGCGGUAUCGAUGAGGCCGCACUGGACCGCCUCUCGCUGGUCACGGAGAUGACGCACCACAUCCGAGUCAAGGCCGCAGGAGGGGACGCCGAUCCUGCAGAACUUGGCCCCUUCUCCCCCUCCUUCCUGUGGCUGCUGCGGGACUUCUACUUGGACCUGUCGGAAGAUGGCCGAGCCAUCACGCCGCGCGACUACCUCGAGAGUGCGCUGCAGCCGACGCCAGGGAACAGCAAGGCUGUGCAUGCAAAGAACCAGAUCCGCGAGUCCAUCCGCGCACUCUUUCCUCGCCGCGACUGCUUCACGCUCGUGCGCCCCGUGCACGACGAGCAGCAGCUGCAGCGCCUCGACUCCCUUCCCCCGGGCGUCCUUCGACCCGAGUUCCAGGCGGGUCUGGAGGCGCUGACGUCACUCAUCUUCGAGAAGACGCGGCCGAAGCAGAUGGAGGGCGCCAUGCUGACGGGGCCCAUGCUGGCGGCGCUCGCGCAGUCGUUCGUGGGGGCGAUUAACGAGGGGGCUGUGCCCACAAUUGCGACAGCAUGGCAGAGUGUUGCCGAGGGGGAGUGCCGGCGCGCCUACGACUCCGCGCUCGCCGCAUACUCUACCUCUUUCGACCGGAGCACUCCCCCGGAGGAGGGACCCCUGGCGGCCGCUCACAGCGCCGCAGUCGACGCAGCGCUCGGUGCAUUCUCCAGGGAGGCCGUGGGCAGCGCUGAGGUGCGGCAACCGUUCGAGACGAGGCUGAGGGCGGAGCUGGGGAAGCAGUUUGAGGAGUACCGGGGGCGUGUUCUGGUGGAAGCGGAGCUGGCGUGCACGCGCGCCAUAAGCGCACUCGACGCGCGCCUUGCCGCGGCCGCGGGCGCGCCGGGGGCACGGCUCGAGCAGGUCGUAGCAGCGCUGGCGGCAGCGCUGCAGGAGUACGACCGGGCGGCGGCGGGGCCGGGGAAGGCGCAAGCGGUGGUGACAUAUUUGCAGGAGAGUUUGGCCCGAGGACCUCUGCAUCGGGUGGUCGAGCAAGAGCGUGCCGCGGCAACGGAUGCAUACAAGGCACUGGAGGCGCAGCUGCGGAGCGUGACGUCAGCACGUGACGCGGCGGAGAAGGAGGCGGCGGCGAACGCCGGGACGGCGGAAGACGCGAGGAGGCAGUGGGAUGCUGAGGCGAGCGCGCGCCGCGAGGCGGAGGCCCGAGCUGCAGCGGCUCUGGAGCGCGCGCACAAGGAGGCGCGCGAGCGUGAGGAGCGCCAGGCGACGGGUCACCACCAGACACUGGCCGGGAAGGAGAGCGAGCUGCGAAGUGCAAACGCGCGGCUGCGGGAAAAGGAGGGAGAGGUUGCCAGCCUGGCAGCGCAGCUCAAGGGGUUAGAGGGCGACGUCCGGCGGCUGGAGACCAGUUUAGCCUCGCGCGAGCGGUCUAGCGGGCAAGCGCUCGACGAAGCGCGGCAGCGGGCAGCGCAACUGGCGGCGGAAAAGGCGGAGGCGGAGGGCGCACGCGCGGCCGCGGAGAGCGGCUUGCGGCGGGCGCGCGACGACGCUGCGCGGCUCGAGGAGACGGUCCGCGCGCUAGAGGGGGAUAAGGCACGGCUCGUGCAGGAGAAGCAGGACGCACAGGACUCGUUGGCGGCUUCGGAGGCGGCCGAGCGGGCCUCCGCGCAGCGCUUGUCGGAGAUGAAGAAGGACAUGGAGGCGCUAGCGGCGCGGGGGCAGGGGGUGCAACGCACGGCCGCCAGAGUCGCGGAAGUGGAGCAACAACUGCAGGACUCACGCGCCAGUGUCACUCGCCUCGAACUCGAAGCGCAGCGGCUGCGCGCGGACGUGGCGCGGCUGCAGGAGGAGCAGCGCGCGCGGGAAGCCGAGCAACUCGACCUGAACGCCCGGCUGGGUGCCGCCACGCAGGCGCGGGCCGCGCUCGAACAGCAGGUGCAGACCUUGACGGCUGAACGGCAGGUUUUGGACGAGCGGAUUGCGCGUCACGGGCGAGAGGCGGCGCAGGCGCAGGCGAACGGGGCCGCUGUAGGAGGGGGGCCAAUGGACGUGGACAUGGAGACCCCCGAAGUGCCGCGAAAACGCGCGCGCACUGAAGCAGCCGGAGGGCCCGCGCCGGCAGCCGCAGUCGCCGCGAAGGGCGGGGGCGAUCCCAUCAAGAAGACGGUCGCCCAACUGAAGAUGGAGCUGACGGCGGCGGGGUAUGCCACCGAGAUUCUGGCGGUCAAGAACAUUAGCAAAAAGGAUCUGGUGAAAUUGUACCAAGAGAAGGGGCUCGGGGGCUAGGUUGUUGUCAGGACCGUUGGCAAGAGCCUGAUUUUGCGAUGAUCUGCCGUGAUGUUUUUGAUGACUGUGAAGUUGCACGCGCUUGACUGAGUCGCUGAUUGAGUGAGCAGAUAGACUCGUGGCUUGCAGAGGCCCAGUCUUAGCUGGCAUCAAUGAAAAAGCCACAUCCUGGUUCUCAAGUGAUGGAAUUUGAUUGGCGAGCUGCUUAUGUGGACUGCACACAGAGAUGAACGGUUACAAGCGGCUCAAAACUUGGUGACUCGGAUCAGCAGAUAGUAUGGAAGUGGUUCGUCAGUUAACCUUCACAGGUCAUUUGCACAAUGACCCCUCGAUCCUGAGGAAUUACGUACGUGGUUUCAUUACUUCGAAU